AUGGUUUUGAUUCAACUCAAUAACCAAAUUCUGCAGAGAAUCAAUAACUACCAGGCACAUGACAAAGUUAUUUUAACAAUUAACAAUGUUGAAAUUGUUCUCACAAAGUCAUUUGCAGUUGCAAUUUCGCAAACAUUUUAUUCGCAAUAUCUUUUAGAUAAUGAUGUAGCUAAAAUUAAUAUACAAACUGAAGUAAAAUCAGCAGAUACGUACAAUAUUAUAAAAGAUAUUCUUCAAUACAAUAAAACAGAAAUUGAAUGCAACGAAACAAUUUUGCAAGACCUCUUUCAUAUCGGAAUGGCUCUUGAAAUACAAGAACUGACAAAUUUAUAUAAAACACACAUUAUUGAUCAAAUGAAAAUUGACGAAAAUAAUUGCGUUAAAUUACUUGAAUUUUAUUUCGAUAUUUCGUCAAAUGAAAAGAUUUUAGAAUGUAUUGAUUAUAUUUCAUCACAUUUCUAUGAAAUUCACAAAGAUCAGCUCAAAUCAAUUUCGAAAAAACUUGGAAUUGACAUUCUUCAAAAAUUAUUUAGCAAUGAUAAGCUUGAACUUGAUGACGAAGAUUCUUUCGCAAACUUUAUCAUUUCUCUUACUAAAGAAAGCAUCGAAUUUUAUCCAUUGAUUGAAAACAUUUAUUUUGAGUUCUGUAAUGAACAAACUAUUAAAGAUAUCCAAAAUUUAACAAAUGUGAAUAACUACCAGAAUAUUGUAAACUCAUUUGGUGAUUCAUUAUUGAGAAUCAAGAAUCGCAGCUCUAAAGAUAGAAAGAAAAUAAUAUUUAAAUCAGUUACUAAUUAUUUCGAAAGCGGCAAUGUCGAAAUGUCUGCAUCAUCUAUUUCUAGUGGUCACUCAGUUGAUGUUAUUAAUAAAUAUAGAGAUGGUGUUUAUUUCUUAACAAAUAAUAUUCCUAAUUCAUGGGUUCAAUGGAAGAUAAAGCAAAACUAUGCAAUUCAGCCUACUGAAUAUAUUAUUAGAGUAUGUUUUAAGUCAGGGAGUGCUGUCCAUCUUCAAACAUGGAGAGUUGAAGGUACUACUAUUAACGGAGAAACAAAAGUCAUUCAUGAAGUAAAUCAUUCAAAUAUAAGAGAAGGAGAAGUUCCUAAAUUUUCAUUAAAUACAGAUGACAAAUUUAUAUCAUUCAAAUUAAUCCAAACAGGCAAAAAUGAUUGCAAUAAUGAUCAUUUAGUUCUAGAUGUUUUUGAUUUUUCAGGAAAAAUAUAUGAAAUAUAG